UCCAAAUGCCAUUCUUUUCUGAGUGUUGACUUUCGGAAGACAACCCCCCUCCCUCCUCGACUAAGGUUUCAAACCACCACCACACCGCAUCAAUUCAGCACCCCACGCAGCUCAAUAAACCCCGACAACUCCGUCUUGUCCCCAUCACGCCGAUGCGACACAACCAUGGUUUCUCCGCAGCCCAACAUGGAGAGGUUUCUCCGUGACUGGCGACAGGAUGCGCUCAACAAGGCGCAGUACGAGUCGGCCAUCUUCAUCGGCGACAAGCUGUUGGCAAUGACAAAAGACGAUAACGACGCCUUUUGGCUUGCCCAAGUCCACUUCGCCGCCGGCAACUACACGCGCGCACACGAUCUGCUGAGCAAACACAAUCUGAUCAGCUCGAACCCGUCCUGCCGCUACCUCGCCGCCCACUGUCUAAUCCGCCAGAACAACUUCGCCGACGCCCUGGCCCUGCUAGGGGAGCUCACCCCGACCCACCUCUUCACAUCGAACACUAAGCGUAAGACACACCGGACGACAGCAUCGCGGGGCACACGGGCAGGGUCCAAGAACCCGGAGCGGCAACCGGACCAUCUCAGCGAGGAGGAAUGGUCGACGAGGCGGUACGAGGCCGGCAUGUGCUACCUCCGGGGGCUCUGCUACGCCAAGGAGAAUGCCUUUGACCGGGCCAAGGAGGCGUACAAGGACGCGCUGCGCAUCGACGUGCAGUGCUACGAGGCGUUUACCCAGCUUGUCCGUAACUCGCUCAUGUCGCCCGACGAGGAGGCCGAGUUCAUGCAAUCGCUCGAUUUCAACACAGCGCGGGCACCCAAGGGCGGCGACGACCCGGAACUGAGGACGGAGCCGGGGGACUACGUGCACAUGCUGUACCAGACCCAACUCUCCAAGUACGGCAGCCCCCGCGCCUUCAACGCCGCAGUCGAGUCCCUCUCCACCCACUACGGGCUCGAGGACAACGCGGACCUCCUCCUCGCCCGCGCCGACCUGCUCUACACCCAGUGCCGGUUCCGGGACGCGCUGGCCAUCACCGCGGCCGUCCUCCAGGAGGACAAGUCCAACUUCCCCGCCUACCCCGUGCACCUCGCCUGCCUGUACGAGCUGAAGCAGACGAACGAGCUCUUCCUCGUGGCGCACGACCUCGCCGACAACCACCCGGAGCACGCCUGCACCUGGCUCGCCGUCGGCACCUACUACCUCGCGACCUCCAAGAUCGCCGACGCCCGCCGCUACUUCAGCAAGUCCUCCAUGAUGGACGCGACCUUCGGCCCGGCCUGGAUCGGGUUCGCCCACACCUUCGCGGCCGAGGGCGAGCACGACCAGGCCAUCACCGCCUACUCGACAGCAGCACGCCUCUUCACCGGCACCCACCUACCCCAAGUAUUCCUCGGCAUGCAGAACCACGCCAUGAACAACAUGACAGCGGCCGAAGAAUACCUGAAAUCCGCCUACCAGCUCUGCCGCGCGGACCCACUCCUCCUCAACGAGAUGGGCAUAGUCCUCUACCACCAAGACCGGCUGAAAGACGCCGCCAAGUUCUUCCGACAGGCCCUGCUCGUGGCCGAAGAAACGGGCGCGGACCCGCACGCCUGGCUGGGCGCGCGCACCAACCUGGGCCACGCCUACCGGCGCCUGCGCCUGCUGGACGAGGCCCUCGACGAGUUCGACGCCGUGCUGCGCGACGGCGGCAAGAACGCCGCCGUCUUCUGCGCCAAGGCCCUCAUCCUCCUCGACCUGCGCCGUCCCGAUGACGCGGCGCGCGUCCUGCAUGAGGCGCUGGCGGUGAACCCGCAGGAUGCGAUCGCUACCGAGCUGCUUAAUAAGGCGCUGGAGGAGUCGGCGGUGGGGGAUGUGGCGGUGUUGAUGGGGGGGUUGAGUACGGGGUUGGAUUUGGGCGGUGGGGAGGAGGAUGGCGGUGGUGGUGCUGAGUUGGAUCGCUUUGAGAUGGAGCUGGAGGAGAAGAAGGCUGCGGCGAGGAUGCGGAUGGAGAGGCGGACUAGGUGGAGCUCGGCGGGGGGGUUGGGCGAGAAGGGGAAGACGGUUAUGAGGGGGAAUGCCCGGGGCGGUGGGAAGCGUCGUGGGGGUGGUGGUGGUGCGGGUGGUGGUGCGGGUGGUGGGGGGUUUGAGGUGGAUGAGAAGGGGGAUGCGAUGAUGGAUAUGAGCGAUGAUUAUUGAGUUGGAGGAUGGGGGUGGAUUUGCUUCAGCGACGGAUACACGCUGCAUUUUCUUUUGUAUCGGCCUACUACUUAGGAUGGAUCACUGCCGUUGGGGUUACGGCAUGGCAUGCAUAGCGAUGGCGCCGGGCAUUUAUGGGAACGAUUACCAAGUACAAGGGGUGUCGGUCGUCAGGGGCAGGAGAUUGGGAAAAGGGGAAAAUAUGACC